GGCAAAGUGGUCACUCACUCACACUGCUGCAUUUAUUGAACAAAAGCUGUACCUUUAUUCAACAGAAUUUGCCCCAAAUUAAUGCUGCCGGCACAGCAUUGAUCGAUCCACAGCUGCAGUUUAAACCACGUAGAAGUUGUAGGCGUUUGAUUACGAGUUUUCGCAAAGUAAUGAUACUACAAUUAGCCUCACCGCCCCUGCAGUCAGGCAUUCAUUGUCACAUGAAUUGCCCGAUGAAUUUGAUUUCGGUAUCCGCGGCGGAUGGUCCAACAGCUCGGCGAAUUCCCCUGUUGAGUCCUUCGAUUUCUUCUGCGCUUUUUGCUGUUAUAAAUUGAGCUGAAUUUGGAAAUUUGGGGGAAUGGCUGGUGUAAUUUGUGCGCCUUAUUGUGGUUUGAUCAUCGGUAGGAGGAAAGGAUCGUCGGCUGGACAUGCUGCAUCAAAGUACCGAAGAAUCCGAGCAAUGGCAUCUCCAGCCAUUUCUGCACCUCGGAGAGAAACCGAUCCGAAGAAAAGGAUUGUCAUAACAGGAAUGGGCCUAGUUUCGGCUUUUGGCAGCGAUGUCGAUACGUUCUACAACAAACUGCUCGAAGGCGCGAGUGGAAUAGUUCCAAUAGAUCGAUUCGAUGCUUCAGAAUACUCGGUCAGGUUCGCCGGGCAGGUCUCCGGUUUCUCCUCAAAUGGCUACAUUGACGGCAAGAAUGAUCGCCGGCUAGAUGAUUGCUGGAGAUAUUGCUUGGUUGCCGGCAAAAAGGCACUCGACGACGCAAACCUUGGAAAAAAUAUGCUCGAAACUAUGGAGGACAAGUCGAGGAUCGGAGUUCUGGUGGGAUCGGGGAUUGGAGGGAUGUCUACUUACAGCGCCGGAGUCGAGACAUUGGUACAGAAAGGUCACAAGAAAAUGAGUCCCUUUUUCAUCCCUUAUGCGACGACAAACAUGGGCUCGGCAUUGUUGGCUAUCGACACCGGCUGUAUGGGUCCUAAUUAUUCAAUUUCGACUGCUUGCGCCACAGCAAACCACUGUGUCUUCAAUGCAGCCAAUCAUAUUAAAAGAGGUGAUGCAGAUGUUAUGGUAGCCGGGGGGGUUGAAGCUGCCAUUAACCCUGCUGCAGUCGGAGGUUUCAUAGCUUGCAGAGCCUUGUCUCAAAGAAACAACGAUCCACAGAAGGCGUCGCGACCGUGGGACAAAAUGCGCGAUGGUUUUGUCAUAGGCGAAGGCGCCGGCAUAUUGGUUAUGGAAAGCUUAGAACAUGCCUUGAGAAGAGAAGCCAAUAUUAUUGCCGAGUACUUAGGGGGCGCCGUCACAUGUGAUGCUUAUCACAUAACCGAUCCCCGGCCAGAUGGGCUCGGCGUUUCGGCCUGCAUAAUUAAGAGUCUGUACGACGCAGGAGUUUCACCAGAAGAGGUUAAUUAUAUCAAUGCUCACGCGACAUCUACGCCAACGGGAGAUUUAGCCGAGGUGAAUGCCAUCAACAAGGUCUUCAAAAACACCUCUCAGAUGAAAAUGAAUGCUACUAAGUCGAUAAUUGGGCACGCGCUGGGGGCAUCCGGAGGGCUGGAAGCCAUAGCAACCAUUAAAGCAAUCAAGACAGGAUGGUUACAUCCUACGAUCAACCAAGUUGAGUUGGAACCUGAGGUCACGAUCGACACAGUCCCAAAUGUGAAGAAACAACAUGAAGUAAAUGUAGCCAUAUCUAACUCAUUUGGAUUUGGUGGGCACAAUUCUGUCGUCGUUUUUGCGCCAUUCGAUCCUCGUUGAAUCCAACACAAGUUCUUGUUCUAGUCCAGCCUCAAGACCGGUACAUUUUCGGUAUAUUUUUUUUCUCGGCAUUAAUUUUGUUUCAUUGCUAUGUGCUUACACAUUUGAAUUAGACUUUGUGGAAGCAUUAAAAGCUUUGGAAUUUUACAAUACACGGAAACAAUUCACACAAUAUAUAACACAAUACAAGUGAAAAGUAUAAACCGACAAUACAUGACAGUAGUUCAUAUAACUCAUGACAAAAUGUUGAUUCAAUUCAAUUCAUACAUUGCAAUAGAAAAUGAAGAUGCAAAAUGUCCAUAUUUAUAUUUGGGAGUAUAGAGUUCACAAAAUGUGGAUAAUACAAAUAGGGUAUGUUGUUUGGUUGUUAUCUUGAUGAUUUUUUUUUGGGUUUUUGGGUAGAUGAUGAAU